GAAUGCUUAAAAAGGUGGGAGAUUUCAUUGAGCUGUAGUUUGAGUGACAGAGAUCUUUAUGGCUUCGUUGAACUUCCGUCCAUGCGUUUGUGAAUGCAGAUAGAUGUUUACAUGUAUAUGCUUAAUUGCUUAAUUAUAUGUGUAUGUAUGUAAAUGAGGUCGCUGUUAAAUGGGCUUAAAUUUCAUGGGCAUGCCAUAAAAUCUGGUUUUACACCGACGAUCUUCACUUCCAAUCAAUUGAUUGGCCUCUACUCGGAACACGGUCUAAUCCACGAAGGCCUGAAGCUGUUCGACGAAAUGCCUGAACGAAACGUGUUCUCUUGGAACGCAAUGAUUUGGGCUUACGUAGGAACCCGAAACUUGGAGCAAGCACAAGCACUCUUUGAAUCGGCUCCGGAGAAGGAUUCGGUGACGUACAAUUCAUUGUUGUCUGGGUAUGCGAGGACAGACGGGUACCAAAUUCACGCGCUCAGACUGUUUAUGGAAAUGCAGUCAAGGGGUGAUCGAGUUAAAGUUGAUGAGUUUACUCUCGCAACCAUGCUUAAUCUAACGGCAAAGUUACGUGUUCCCUCCUAUGGAAGGCAACUGCAUUCGUUUAUGGUUAAAACGGCCAAUGAUUCUAGCGGGUUUGUUGUGAGUGCUCUGAUUGACAUGUACUCAAAAUGUGGCUGUUUUCGAGAGGCGUGUCAUGCCUUUAAUUGGGACAGUGAUUUUGCGGUUGAUUUAGUGUCAAAGAAUGCAAUGCUUGCUGCUUGCUGUAGAGAAGGUGAGUUGAAAAUGGCUGGAGACCUUUUCUGGAGCCAACCAGAAUUAAAUGAUACCGUGUCUUGGAAUACACUGAUUGCAGGGUAUGCCCAGAAUGGUUACGAGGAGGAGGCAAUCAAGUUGUUCCAUCGCAUGUCAGAGGAUGGAUUCAGAUGGAGUGAACACACUUUUGCUAGCAUUUUGAAUGCUUGCUCCAGUCUAAAAAAUUUGAAGCUUGGCAAGGAAGUUCAUGCUUGGGUUUUAAGGAAUAGGAUGAGCUGCAAUCCAUUCAUAAGUGGUGGUAUUGUUGAUGUUUAUUGCAAAUGUGGCAAUAUGAAGUAUGCAGAGUCUGUACAUGCAGCGAUUGGAAUGGACAAUUCUUUUUCGAUCACUUCCAUGAUUGUGGGAUAUUCAUCCCAAGGUAAUAUGGUAGAAGCCAGAAGGCUUUUUGAUUCAUUUCCUCAUAAGAAUUCUGUUGUGUGGACAGCCAUGUUUUCUGGACAUCUGAAAUCCCAGCAGUGUGAUGCUGUUUUUGAGCUUCUAAGUGAGUUUAAAGCAAAGGAAGCAACUGUUCCUGAUGCUUUGAUCCUCAUCAGUGUUCUUGGUGCCUGUGGAAUGCAGGCAAUUAUUGAUCCUGGUAAGCAAGUUCAUGCUUACAUUUUGCGAUUGGGAAUUGAAAUGGAAGAGAAGUUGACUAGUGCCAUGGUUGAUAUGUACUCAAAAUGUGGCAAUAUAAUAUAUGCACAAAAUGUUUUUCAGAGAGCUACUGUUGGAGACUUGAUCCUUUACAAUGUAAUGAUGGCUGGUUAUGCUCAUCAUGGGUAUGAAAAUGAAGCUAUCCUUCUUUUUGAGGAAAUGUUGAAGAAAAGGUUUAGACCCGAUGAAGUCACCUUUCUUGCACUUCUAUCAGCAUGCCGCCAUUCUGGCUUGGUACGAAUGGGCGAGAAAUAUUUCUACUCCAUGACAAAAGAUUAUGCCAUAAAGCCAGACAUUGAUCACUAUGCAUGUAUAAUUGAUUUGUAUGGGAGGACCAAUCAACUAGAAAAGGCAGUAGCAUUCAUGAAAAGAGUGCCUAUAGAGUGUGAUGGAGUGCUUCUAGGCACAUUUCUGAAUGCUUGCAAGAUAAACAAAAAUGUAGAACUUGCUAGAGAAGCAGAGGAGGAGUUACUGAGGAUUGAAGGGGAGAAUGGGGCACGAUAUGUGCAGCUGGCCAAUCUCUACGCUGCAGGGGGGAAGUGGCUUGAGAUGGGGAGGAUAAGGAAGAAGAUGAGAGGGAAGGAGGUGAAGAAGCAUGCUGGGUGUAGUUGGGUAUAUGUGGAGAACAAAGUUCACAUCUUUACCUCUGGUGAUAGAUCUCACUCACAAACAGAGGCUGUUUAUUCAGUCUUACUCUGCUUGACUUUGGAACUAAAUAAUGCAUUCAAGUGGAAAUUAGAACUUGGACACUUUAUUGAAGGGGUCAUAAUGUGAAUCUCAUCAUGCUCACGCCAAAGACAUUUGAACUAUUGAGACACAAACCUGUGUGUUUAGAGUGGACAAAGAAGUGCAUCCUUUCAACUGGAAAGAAUUGUGCAAGGAAAAGUUUCCUUGCGAGGAGGAUGGCACCACCUUUGUUUCAUGGGGAGGUCUGUUUGUUAACAUAAAAAACUUCAUGAUACAAGAGAAGAAUUGAGAAGCACCAUUGAUAGGAGCAAAGAAGCACGGUCACUUAAGCUGGAUGGCUGUCAGUUCCGGCAGUUCAAGCAAGACGACAAAGUCUUCAUCGCGCUGACAGUUAAAAGCGGAUAAACCUUGCAGGCCUUGGAAUUGUGGAUGAAUUUUAGAUUUGUCGUUUGUGUGGUUUAUCAGGUUGGUUUAACCUUUCUUUCCUGUUUUGUUUCACACAAGAAGUCCAUUUUUGUACCUUUAGGGAGAUUUAAGUCAUAAUGUUUUACUCAACUGUCUUGAAUGCUCAAUGGCCUAAUGCUCAUUUUAUUUUCAAAUAUUGCUAAAAUGGGAUUCAGAUUGUUGUUGUUGUUGUUAUUGCUAAAUUGUAUAUCAGUUAAGUAGGAUUUUGUUGGCACCAUUUUGGAUGAUUUCAGUAGGAUUUUUGUCUUGUUUUGGCUUUAUGGUACUCUGCUGCCUAAACUGAAUCAUGCUUCUAUCAACUGCACACAUGCUGUAUCUU